CGCCCGCCGCGCCCUCUCCUCUUGGCCCUCCUUCCUCGCCCUGCCCAGCUCAGCUCUUCCCGUCUGAGGUGGCGGUCGGCCUCGCCUCCUGGUCAGCUCCAUUUUACCUCUCCUCCGCUUUUCCCUUUCUCUCGGCCCGAAACGGCCUGAACACCUUACCGCCUUCUUAGGGUGGCCGCAGAGCCUCUGCGCUUUCUCUGUUCCCGGAUCCUCGAUCCUCGCCCCCCCCACCAUGAAUGAGGAGUACGACGUGAUCGUGCUGGGCACCGGCCUGACGGAAUGUAUUCUGUCUGGUAUAAUGUCAGUGAAUGGAAAGAAGGUUCUUCAUAUGGAUCGAAACCCAUAUUAUGGAGGAGAGAGUGCAUCUAUAACACCACUGGAAGAUUUAUACAAAAGAUUUAAAUUACCAGGACCACCAYCAACAUCAAUGGGGAGAGGAAGAGACUGGAAUGUUGACUUAAUUCCCAAGUUUCUUAUGGCUAAUGGUCAGCUGGUUAAGAUGCUACUUUACACAGAGGUCACUCGCUAUCUAGAUUUCAAAGUGACUGAAGGGAGCUUUGUUUAUAAGGGAGGAAAAAUCUACAAGGUUCCUUCCACUGAAGCAGAAGCCCUGGCAUCUAGUUUAAUGGGACUAUUUGAAAAACGCCGCUUCAGAAAAUUCCUAGUGUAUGUUGCCAACUUUGAUGAAAAAGAUCCUAGAACUUUUGAGGGUAUCGAUCCUAAGAAAACCACAAUGAGAGAUGUGUAUAAGAGAUUUGAUUUGGGCCAAGAUGUUAUAGAUUUUACUGGUCAUGCUCUUGCACUUUACAGAACUGAUGACUAUUUAGAUCAACCAUGUUGUGAAACCAUUAAUAGAAUUAAACUUUACAGUGAGUCUUUGGCAAGAUAUGGCAAAAGCCCAUACCUCUAUCCACUUUAUGGCCUUGGAGAAUUGCCACAAGGAUUUGCUAGGCUGAGUGCUAUUUAUGGAGGUACUUACAUGUUGAAUAAACCAAUUGAAGAAAUCAUUGUGCAUAAUGGAAAAGUGGUUGGGGUAAAGUCCGAAGGAGAGAUUGCUCGCUGUAAGCAGCUCAUCUGUGACCCCAGCUAUGUAAAAGAUCGGGUAGAAAAAGUGGGCCAGGUCAUCAGAGUUAUAUGCAUCCUCAGCCACCCCAUCAAGAAUACCAAUGAUGCCAACUCCUGUCAGAUCAUUAUUCCACAGAACCAAGUCAAUCGAAAGUCUGAUAUCUAUGUUUGCAUGAUCUCCUCUGCACACAAUGUGGCAGCUCAAGGAAAGUACAUUGCCAUUGUUAGUACAACUGUGGAAACCAAGGAACCUGAAAAAGAAAUCAGACCAGCUUUGGAGCUCUUGGAACCAAUUGAACAAAAAUUUGUCAGCAUCAGUGACCUUCUUGUACCAAAAGAUUUGGGAAGAGAGAGCCAGAUCUUUAUUUCCCGCACAUAUGAUGCCACAACUCACUUUGAGACAACCUGUGAUGACAUUAAAGACAUCUAUAAGAGGAUGACAGGAUCUGAGUUUGAUUUUGAGGAAAUGAAGCGCAAGAAAAAUGACAUCUAUGGGGAAGACUAACAGCAGUAUAUGUUAAUAUCUAAUUAGGACAAAUAUAAAAUUUGACAAAUAAUGCAUAUUGUAUGAAAUCAAAAUUGUAAGGCCUGCUUUUGUAAUCAGAAUGGAGAGAUUGAAGAGCAUUGUACCAGUAAAUACUCUUCCCCUUCAUCUUUCUAAUAUCAUGUAUUAACUUGUUUUCAUGGAGUGGCUAUUCAGAAUUGGCCAGUUACCACAUUCUGUUCAAUUUAACUGGACUGGCUUUUUUUCUAGUGAAGGAGCAGUUUUAAACAUUGUGAUAUCAAUACAGAAAACUUGAUACAGUAUUUGUAUCUUUUAAUCAGGGUAGACUUUGCAUUUAUGUGCUUCUGCUGCUCAAGAGCUGGAUUCAUACAGUUUGUGUGCCAUCUUGACAUUAAGGAGAUUCUAAAUUGAAUAUAACUACAUUGUGUGUUAAGUAUUAUGGCAGGGCCCAAAUACCGUAGUCAAAAGUUUGGUUUAUGUGGGCAUAAACUUCUAACCAAACUCCAGACUUAGGGAUUCGUUUGGAGGAAGCCAAUAUGUGGUGUUUUAACCUAAUAAAGUUGAUGAGAGAAGGGGAAAGGAACCUAUCAUUAAAAAGCAGGUAAAAUGUGGAAGCAUCUUUUGUAUCCCAGGCGKGGCUUCUUCAAUGGACCAAGCUGCAAUGCAGUAUUGAUUUGACAGAGCCUCUCUUCAAUGAUGUCUAUCCCAAAAUGGCUCCAAAUGAUUUCUGUACUGCAAAAUAAAGCCAAACUCUGGAA